GAGUGAACACGACGCGACCCGAGCCGGAGAAGGGGAAGGGAAGGCGGCGGCGGCGGCGGCGGAGGAGGAGGAGGCGCGAGGGGAGGCGAGCAUGGUGGUGCGGAUCCGGCUGGCGCGGUUCGGCUGCCGGAACCGGCCGUUCUACCGGGUGAUGGCCGCCGACAGCCGCUCCCCGCGCGACGGCAAGCACCUCGAGGUCCUCGGCUACUACAACCCGCUCCCCGGGAAGGAUGGUGGCAAGAGGAUGGGGCUGAAAUUCGACAGGGUCAAGUACUGGCUGUCUGUUGGUGCUCAGCCAUCAGAUCCUGUGCAGCGCAUCCUUUUUCGAGCUGGGCUUCUGCCUCCACCUCCAAUGCUAGCUAUGGCUCGAAAGGGUGGACCUCGUGAUAGGCGCCCAAUUCAUCCGAUGACUGGGCGCCCCUUGGAUCUUGAGGGUGUCACGGUUGUUGAUGACUCCAAUGUUCCCGAAGGUGGUGCUGAGGAACCUGUGUCAGAGGAGUGAUGCUGCAGUAGGUCUCCACUUGUUUGUUGUGCCUCUGAUAAGAUCAUGAGUACUGUACAAUAUGGAAACUUCCUAAUCAUGUAAUCUUCCAUUGUUUUCUAAUAAUUUACAAGGUCGUAGUGCUGCACUAUGAGUUAGCUGUUCUCAACCCUUUCUGAAAUGGAUUUUUUUCUGAGUUCUCAUGGACUAGCUUACAGUUCACACAUGUUUUGUUCAGUCAAGGGUAUCUUGAAAGGUAGGCAAUAUACAGAGAGCUACCAUAAGCGUCA